UGUCACCCCCGGCCGUAGUGCUCGUCCCUGGGGGUGCCGCCUGGCCAGGCGGGGCGAAGGGCCGGACUGUGCGCGAUUUCUCUGCGUCAAAAUUUCACCAGGGUGAAAGUACAUCAGUUGUGAUUGACAGAUGCAGUGGAACGCCUUACUUUUUUUUUUUAAUCUCAUUGUAAUAGAGGGAAGAGUAAGAAGCAUAGACAACAAAAUUCAGUCACACUGAAGUACUUUGCAUAGGAAUGCAAGCUUCAAUGACUGAAAAUAGAAGAAAAGCAGAACCAUUCUACUGGCUGUCAGUGGCAAAGCCUAAGACCAGUUCUGAGAUUGUAAAUGAAGCCAGAGAUGUUCUACGAACAGUAAAAACUCAAAGGCUAUUCACACCUACAGAUGAACAAAGGAAAUUUUUUGGGUCUCAGUCCUCACUAUGUCCUCAAAAUAGACCCUCUUCAGUUUUAAGUCUUGAUACAUCCAGUUCUGAUUUGUCUGAAUCAAGGCCGCCUUCUGGUGUUUGUCUAAGCCCACUGGCUGAUAAACCAACACUAAUAAUUUCUGAAAAAAAAGAUGGAGCUUCUUCUGUUUUCCUUCCAACACCUCCUCCUGAUGCUGCAGAGGUUAGAAAAGUCAGCAGUGCUUGGAAAGGCUUAUUUAGAACAGCUUCUCAGAAAGAUUUAUUUUCUGCUAAAGCAGUUCCUCUGCAUCAGAAUGAAGUGAAGCUGGAUUUUGAAGAGCCAGCUAUGAUGAUGAAUAAUCUUGACAGAAGUAAUAAUAACUGCUUAGCAGAACAAAAGUUUUACACAUCAUUUAAUGAUGAGAGUAGACAAUUAAUUUGUAAUGAGCAUACCAGCAGAUCAGGAACUGAAGACUUCAUGGAAGGGACACCAGGAAAAUUUUCACUGCAACUGCAAGGAGAAAGAAGUGUCAACAGUGAUGGCAGAUUUACUGAUGAAGAGCAACAGUUUCCCUGUGACCAGAUGAAAGAGCCUGGUGAAAGGUCAUCACAGCCAAGGGCUUCAGGCUGGAAGAGAAGAGUAACAGGCUUAAAGGAUGAAACAGGAAUAAAUGAAUGGGAAGAAGAAGAUUUCUUUUGGCAUACAAAGAUUCUACCAAUUCUGCAUGAACUGGAAAAAAGAGAAGAUAAUAUAGAACACCUUUGUCUAGCUUGUACCAAGCUCUAUCAAGCAUUGGAUGAAGGAAAUAUGCUUGGAAAAAGAUUUAAAAGAAGAAACGUCCUUCUGAAGACAUUAUAUAAACUUGUAGACAUUGAUUCAGAUCCACUUUCCCUGAAGCUGGCAAAGAUUAUUCUGGCUAUGAAAGUAGAUGGAAAAAAUCUUCUUGGUGUUUGCAAGCUAGCAUUUAAAAUUUGUAGGAACAAAAAAAAUUAUUUCAUCAUUCAAAAUGAUACAUUAUUGGAUUAUUUGUUGCAGGUUCUGUGGAAUGAAGAUCUACAAACAAACAAUGAAGCUUUUGUCUAUUGCAUGGCAGCUAUAAAAUUCAUGUCUGAAAAUGAUGCACUCCUUUAUAAAAUGGUCAGCAAAGGAGCUGUUGAAAUGUUUCUGGAAUUAAUGAAGCAGAUAAAUAACAUAAAAGAACAUGACACGUAUUUCUCCAAGUUGAACCACUUAUUAGUCCAGGUCACAGCCACUCUGCGCAUCCUGGCCGAUUGUCCCCUGGCGCGGCGCCGGCUCAGCGACAGCGGUGCCAUCCCCGAGCUCUGCGUGGCGCUGGAGCAGCGCGGCAGCGACAAGGACAUGUGCAUCUGGAUUGUCAGGGUGCUCAGCAAACUUUCUACCUACAAUGACUUCUGUGCAGCUUUAGCAGACUGCUCCAGAUGUUACGUCUUAUUUUUAGCCCUACUAAACAAAUACCAGAAGCAGCAGGAUUUGGUUAUCCAUAUCAUCUUCAUUCUUGGUAAUUUAACAGCAAAGGAUGACCAGUCCCGGGAGCAAUUUUUUAAAGAAAAAGAAAGUAUUGACACCUUGACAUCAUUAUUCCAAACCUACUAUGAACUUGAUUUGAAUGCACUGACAUGGCACCAUGAUAGAAAAGGAAAAGGAAAAAAAGAUGGAAAGCAUCCUUCAAAAGCAGAAGAUGUUCUGAUAAAACUGUUAAGAGUGCUGGCCAACCUCUCCAUUCACCCUAAAGUGGGCACAGCUCUGGCAGCUGCCCAUCCUCUUGUAGGAUUGCUUGUUACAGUACUAGAAUACAAGUCAGUUGAUGCCUGUGAAGAGUUGGUCAUCAAUGCUGCAACAACAAUCAACAAUUUGUCCUACUACCAAGUGGAGAAUUCUGCAAUUCAAGAUGAGAAGCUACACAUUGCUGAAAUGCUUGUAAAGAUGUUAAUGAGUUACAAUAUGGAUGCAGUUGUGGAGGCUGUCAGAGUCUUUGGCAAUCUUUCCCAGCAUCAUGAGAUCCGUGACUUCAUCAUGCAGAAGAAGAUAUACAAGUUCUUGAUUGCUUUGCUGGAUUCCAAGAACCGAGAGGUCUGUUUUCCUGCCUGUGGAGUUCUGCUCAAUCUCACAGUAGAUGAAGACAAACGAGCUUUUCUGAUGGAAGAAGGAGGAAUUGGAAAGUUGGUUGACUGCUUACAAGACUUUGGGCCAGCAGACUGGCAGCUCUCGUGUUUGAUCUGCAAAACCUUGUGGAACUACAGCGAGGGCACGACAAGCACGGCCUCGUGCUUCGGAGGAGACACCGACACGCUGCUGCUGCUGCUCACAGCUUUUCUGGAUGAAGAGGUAGAGUUGGAGUGCAGCCUUGAGAGAGAUAUAAAGGACUGCCAAAAAAUAUAUUGGGAAAGAGAGUUCAAACCUGUGGCAGAAAAACUUCUUGACAGAAUUCAAAGCCAUCACUCUUCCAGCUGAGUUUAUCACUCCAUUUUAAUCAGUUGGGGCUUUUUUGUCGGGUAAAUUUAUAUUUCUAAUAUAUCUGUAUAUUGCCAUUGGUAAGCUUGUUGGAGAGCAUGACUGUUUUUAAAAAGAAGUCAGGAAAGCCUGGCAUUUAUGUACUGGAUACUAUCUUUUGAAGAGCUUGUAUGGAAUUUUUGCAUGUGUUUUACAAUAUACUUGAGCUGAUGAAGCA